AUGGCAAACGAUACCCAAGACCGAGAUGAGCAGGCCACUACAGCCGCGGCCGCUAACACAAGCCAGCCUCUCCCCAAGGGUGUAGUCUUGGGCAAGGAUGGCAAACCCCAGGCCAAAACAAUGACGGCCCUCUCCACUGGCAAACCUGUUCCCGCUGUCAAGAAACGGACAGACUGCCCUCCAGACGUUGUAGCUCUCGGCCGGUCAUCAUGGACCCUCCUCCACUCCAUCGCGGCCACCUACCCCGAGAAACCAACCCCUUCCGAGCAGUCCGAUGUCAUCUCUUUUAUGAAGUUGUUCUCAAAGCUGUACCCUUGCUGGGUGUGCGCCGAAGAUUUCCAAGAGUACAUCGAGCGGAAGCAAAUCAAAGCUGGAAGCAGGGAUGAGUUUGGAAACUGGCUGUGUGAGGCGCAUAACGGUGUGAACAAGAAGCUGGGGAAGAAGACCUUUGACUGCAGUAGGUGGUUGGAGAGGUGGAGAGAUGGGUGGAAGGACGGGAGUUGUGAUUGA